AUGCAGGACCUUUAUGUGGCCAACACCAUCUUUGCCCUCAAUCUCUUCAAGUAUCUUGUGGAAAUAAGCCCCAGCCAGAAUCUCUUGUUCUCUCCGUGGAGUAUCUCAUCCACCAUGGCCAUGGUCUACCUGGGCGCCAGGGGCAACACUGCAGACCAGAUGGCACAGGUGCUCCAGUUUAACAAAGUUGGAGAUCAUGAACGCAUCCCGGUGGCCCCGAAGAACUUCACUGGCUGUGAGAUCGUGCAGCAGAUCCAGAAGUCUCCGUACCCUGAGGCCAUUUUGCAGAGUGACACUGAGACAGAGCCCUAUGUCCCACAAGACCCUUGUCUGUCUAGUGCUUACAAGCUUCAGGCUGAAGAUCCUAUUUCCCAGACACUUCUGUGGUUUUCUAAAACUCAGAUUUUCCACUGCAAUGCCAACUCCUUAAUUGAAUACAUGCAACUCUCUAAGAAAUAUUACUCUAUAGAACCUCAGGCAGUGGAUUUCCUAGAAUGUGCAGAAGAAGCCAGAAGAAAGAUUAAUUCCUGGGUCAAUACUCAAACCAAAGGCAAAAUUCCAAACCUGCUACCAGAAGGUUCGGUGGACGAGGAGACCAGGAUGGUUCUAGUGAAUGCUGUCUACUUCAAGGGAAAGUGGAAAACUCCAUUUCAGAAGAAACUAAAUGGGCUUUAUCCUUUCCGUGUAAACGCGCUGGAAGGUGAAAUAACCUAUGACAAACUCAGUAAGUGGAUCAGCGAAGACACAAUGGCUGAAGAUGAUGUUGAGGUGUACCUACCCAAGUUCAAGUUGGAAGAGCAUUAUGAACUCAAACCCAUUCUGAGUAGUAUGGGCAUGAGUGAUGCCUUUAGCAGAGGCCAGGCCAACUUCCUGGGAAUGUCAGAAGGGAAUGAUCUGUUUCUGUCUGAAGUGUUCCACCAAGCUGCCAUAAAUGUUGAUGAAGAAGGUACGGAAGCUGCUGCUGGCACCGGAGCCAUCAUGACAGGCAGAACUGGCCAUGGAGGCCCACAGUUUGUGGCCGAUCAUCCUUUCCUUUUCUUCAUCAGCCACAGAGUGACCAAGACCAUCCUUUUCUUGGGAAGGUUCUCCUCACCCUAA